GGACCCCGCCCCGCCCCCCGCGCUCAGUCCCUCGCCCGGCGGACCACUUCAUCAUCUCAACGUCGGUCUCUCAACGAUGCCGCUCUACGAGGGCCUCGGGAGCGGCGGCGAGAAGACGGCGGUCGUGAUCGACCUAGGAGAAGCCUUCACCAAGUGUGGAUUCGCAGGAGAAACUGGUCCACGAUGCAUAAUUCCUAGUGUGAUAAAAAGAGCUGGCAUGUCUAAGCCGAUCAAAGUUGUCCAGUAUAAUAUCAAUACAGAAGAACUAUAUUCCUACCUAAAGGAAUUCAUCCACAUACUGUAUUUCAGGCAUCUGUUGGUGAAUCCCAGAGACCGCCGGGUUGUGGUUAUUGAGUCGGUAUUAUGUCCUUCCCACUUCAGAGAGACCCUUACUCGUGUUCUUUUCAAAUAUUUUGAGGUCCCAUCUGUCUUACUUGCUCCAAGUCAUCUGAUGGCGCUCCUGACGCUCGGGAUUAAUUCCGCCAUGGUCCUGGAUUGUGGAUAUAGGGAAAGCCUGGUGUUGCCUAUCUAUGAAGGCAUCCCAGUACUGAAUUGCUGGGGAGCUCUGCCCUUAGGAGGAAAAGCUCUUCACAAGGAGUUGGAAACUCAGCUGUUGGAACAAUGCACUGUUGACACUGGUGCUGCUAAAGGACAGAGCCUUCCCUCGGUGAUGGGUUCAGUUCCAGAAAGCGUCCUAGAAGAUAUUAAAGUGCGGACCUGCUUUGUAAGUGACCUGCAGCGUGGACUACAAAUCCAAGCAGCAAAGUUUAAUAUUGAUGGAAAUAAUGAGCGUCCCUCUCCACCUCCAAAUGUCGACUAUCCAUUGGAUGGAGAGAAAAUUUUACAUGUGCUUGGAUCAAUCAGAGAUUCAGUUGUGGAAAUUCUUUUUGAACAAGAUAAUGAGGAGAAGUCAGUUGCCACUUUAAUAUUGGAUUCCCUUUUACAGUGCCCAGUAGACACCAGGAAGCAACUGGCAGAGAAUCUGGUAAUCAUAGGAGGCACGUCUAUGUUGCCAGGAUUUCUCCACAGAUUGCUUGCAGAAAUACGGUAUUUGGUAGAAAAGCCAAAAUACAAAAAGACACUUGGCACCAAGAACUUCCGAAUUCAUACUCCACCUGCAAAGGCUAAUUGUGUGGCCUGGUUGGGAGGCGCUGUUUUUGGAGCAUUGCAAGACAUACUUGGGAGCCGCUCCAUUUCAAAGGAGUACUAUAAUCAGACGGGCCGCACACCUGACUGGUGCUCUCUGAACAACCCACCUCUGGAGAUGAUGUUUGAUGUUGGGAAGACGCAGCCACCGCUGAUGAAAAGAGCAUUUUCCACCGAGAAAUAAACGCUUAUAUAAAUUCA